AUGGUAUCAAAUUCAAGGGAAGGGAAUAUUCCCGAAAGUGAAAAGAACCAGACUAUAUCUGAAAAGCCAGAUGUACAAGCCACAAAACCAUUUACGAACAAAAAUCAGGCUACACAAUCGGACAGCAAGAUCACACGUCUCUCUCAUGUUAUUAUCAAAUCAACGCUUACAGGUGUAUUAUAUGGUGCCCUUUUCUCAAUACCAACUGAUUUGCUUCUAAGAUGGAAGUCUCCUUUAUAUAGAUCAUUUGGUAACAGAAUUAGAAUAUUUUAUAACACAAUUGUUCUAACUUAUGCCGCUUCUUUUGUCACUGAAACAAAUGUUCGAAAGCUCGAAGCUCAGAUGAGGGCAGAAGAGGCAGAAAAGAGGAAGAAACUAAUUGAGUGGAGUGUUGAACAUGGCGUGUAUACUGGUGCGGAAGAAGGAUAUUAUCCCGAGAAGAAAUGA